CAUAUAAGCUUAGAAAAUUUUUAUCACAAAUAACAAACGAAAUAAUGAAAAGGUGUUAAUCGAACGAUAAUAUUUAUAAAAUAUAUAGAAAGACAUUUUCUUUGAGGAAAUAUCAUAUGAAAAAUUGAAAGUGCCAAAGUAAUAAUGUUUGAAUUAGAUUUGUAAUAUAUGUAUGUAGCCACGCGAUUGACACGUCACUUGUAACGAACCAAUAAUAUUCAAUUCUUCCGAUCCGGUUUUUAAAUGUUGUUCCAAUCGUUUCUUUUUUAAUUCAUAUAACUUUAGUUGUUCUGUCCGGACAUUAUUAAACAGUCAAAAUGAAGAUGGCCGCCGAGGUGAGGUGGCUCUUAAUAUAUCUCGCAAUUCCAACAUUUACUCUUGUUUCUGCCGAUAUUCCUCAUCGAAAAUUUGAGUAUAAAUAUUCUUUUAAGCCACCGUAUCUCGCACAAAAGGAUAGAUCCGUACCUUUCUGGGAAUAUGGAGGAAAUGCCAUUGCUAGUGCCGAAAACGUUAGAGUAGCACCAUCAUUAAGAAGUCAAAAGGGUGCAAUAUGGAUGAAACAACCAAUUAAUUUUGAUUGGUGGGAAGUUGACUUGAUGUUCAGAAUCACUGGUCGUGGUAGAAUAGGUGCGGAUGGUUUAGCAUUUUGGUAUACUAGUACCAAGGGUGCCUACAAUGGCACUGUUUUUGGUAGUUCUGACCAAUGGAAUGGCCUUGGAGUUUUCUUUGACUCCUUUGAUAACGACAAUAAACACAAUAAUCCAUAUAUUAUGGCUGUGCAAAAUGAUGGCACAAAAAUUUUUGAUCAUGCCAACGAUGGUACAACACAAUUACUGGCAGGUUGUUUAAGAGACUUUCGUAACAAACCUUUUGCAACACGUGCAAGAAUAGAAUAUUACCAGAAUGUAUUAACGUUAUUAUUUCAUAGCGGUAUGACAAAUAAUGAUCAAGAUUAUGAGACUUGUUUCCGGGUGGAAAAUGUAAUUUUACCAAAGUCUGGAUAUUUUGGUGUAUCAGCAGCUACAGGUGGUUUGGCUGAUGAUCAUGAUGUAAUACAUUUCUUAACAACAUCAUUACAUCCACCUGGUCAAUUACCUAUAGAUGGUUACAAAGUUUCUGUGGAAGAUCAGGUUAAAUUAAGUCAAGAAUAUCAAGAUUAUCAAAAGAAAUUGGAACAACAAAAAGAAGAAUAUCACAGAGAACAUCCAGAUCAACGUAGAGAGAAGGAUGAAUUUGAAGAAUAUUUUGAAACAGAUAAUCAGAGAGAAUUGAGACAGAUAUUUUCUGGACAAAGUCAAAUGUUCAAUGCAUUAAGAGAACUUAGCAGAAAGUUAGAUGAAAUUGUUGGAAGACAAGAAAGAACAAUUAGUUUGGUUUCUCAAGUUCAAGUGGGUGGAAUAGGAGGACAAGGACAGCCAAUUCAGUUAAUAGAUACUAUUCGUCGGCAAGAAGUCGAUGCUGUUCUUAAAAAUCUAAAUAUUUUAAUUAGCACACUUCAAGAAAUUAGAUCUUUUAUAGGCGAUGUUAAUUCUAAAACAGAUAACAUUUUAAAUAAUCAGGCCCGCAAUCCAACGGCUCAAGUACAAUCGAUGGGCUAUGACUAUCAAGCAAUAAUAUCCGAAAUGCGAGAUAGACUUAAUGUAUUAAUGAGAGAUAUUGCACAAACUAAUACAAAAUUGGCAGAUUGUCCAACAACAAAUUGUUUAACAACAAUGAUGUUCCUUUUGUUUGUGGCUAUACAAAUGAUAAUAUUAUUAGCAUAUAGUUUAUAUCGGGAUAACAAAGAAGCACAAGCUAAAAAGUUUUAUUAGUGAAGAACAAGUAAUAGUGAAUAUGUGGCGAGGGAUAUGUAAAAGUGUAUUGGGUUGGUGUUAGUAUUCCUCACUGUUCGUAUUUCACCAACUAUGGUUUUACUUAACAUCUGUAUAAUAAAUGCAUCUUCUCAUUGAUCAGAUUGAUCAUAUAAUCAUUAACGUCAAGUGGACAAAUACAAAAUUAUUGUCCAAUAUGGGUAUUCAGAGCUUGAUUUCCUUUGAGAAUUCACACACAGUUUUAUAUAUAUAUAUAUGUAUGUAUGUAUGUAUGUAUGUGUAUAUAUAUAUGUAUAUGUAUAUAUAUAUAUAUAUAUAUAUAUAUAUAUAUAUAUAUAUAUAUAUACAUAUAUGUUUAUUUUAAGAUCUUUCUUUGUCAAAAUUAUAUAUUCCGUUAAAAUCAAAUCAAUAUGAAAUACACAUUGUAGAUUAGCCGGUCAAUGAUUUUCAAGACAAUUGUUGUUUAUAAUAUAUAUUUUUUUACUGUUUAUCGUUAAAAAAGAAAAAAAAAAGGCGUUUCGCGCUAUGCGCACAUAUUUUUAAAACGAUUUCUUUAUUUCGAUUGUUUCUUUUUUUUUUCUUUUUUUUUUUUUUUUUUAAUUUUAUAUUUUUUUUUUUUUCGUAAUUUUUUUCUGUUUUGUUCUUCUUUUUUUAACUUUUUAAAAUUUUUUGAAAUAUUUUUUUCCUUCCUAGAUUUAUUUCCUUAAUAAUGGAGUAGUUUAUUCCAAGACAUCUUUAUACGACAUUUUGUACCACUUUUACAUGACAGCUUCAAUGAAAAAAAAACACCAGGAUAAUAUUAUAUUAGUUAAAUAAAUGAAAUAUAUAUAUAUAUAUAUAUAUGUAUAUAUAUUUCAUAAUUCUUUGAACUCUUUUAAGUUCACAAUUGCAUUUAUUAUUAAUCUAAUAAUUCGUUUAAUACAAACAAAAGACUUGUUUCAGCAAAAGAUGCAAUUUUACAAACUUUUUAAUCUGCUGUUACGAGUUUUUUUUUUUUUUUUUUUCUGUUAUAUAUAUAUAUAUAUAUUACACUUGCAUUUUGGUUAACACAUUUAGAACCGUUGACAGGCAUUUGCUAUAUUUUCAAUUCUAAUAUAUGAAAUGUAUAAAAAAGAAAAAAAAAAGAAAAAAAAAUCAAGAAAACAAAACUAGAUAGGUACGGGGUAGACAAACAAUAUAAAUGAUGAUCAUUGUAGAUGAAGUAUUGAGAGAUAUUAUGAAAUUCAAUAUAUAUCCAUAAUUCUCAUUGCAUUUGUAAAAGUUUAUGGAAGAUUAUAAAUGUAUAAGGAAUUAUAUCUGAUAAUAAAAUUUAAGAAAAAAUUACUGUCGAUUUAAUCUCUUUUUUUCUUUUUUUUGCUUUUGUGUGUAAUAAUUUUUUUGGACUUUUUUUUUUUCUUUUUUUAAUCUUACAUACCACGAGCAUUUAUAUUUUAUCGAACGAAAGUUAAAAAAAAAAAAAAAAAAUAAAAAACUAAAAAAAAAAACCAACAACGCAAGGAAUACGAAGGGAUUUUUAUAUGUAUCACGUCGUAUGUUAUAUAAAAUUGUUUUACAAAGUAAAUAUUUUGUUGUACGUUAUGUAAUAGAAUUUUAUUAAAAAAUA